UCCGCCUCCGGGAUAUGAUGAGAUCUCGCGAGAACUGGGCCUCUUUCUAAGCCGGCUCUCUUCAAGGAUCACGCCAUGUUCAGCUCGAGCGCCAAGAUCGUGAAGCCCAAUGGCGAGAAGCCGGACGAGUUCGAGUCGGGCAUCUCGCAGGCUUUGCUGGAGCUGGAGAUGAACUCGGACCUCAAGGCCCAGCUGCGGGAGCUGAACAUCACGGCGGCCAAGGAAAUUGAAGUUGGUGGUGGUCGGAAAGCUAUCAUCAUAUUUGUGCCAGUUCCUCAGCUGAAAUCUUUUCAGAAAAUCCAAGUCCGGCUUGUGCGUGAAUUGGAGAAGAAGUUCAGUGGGAAGCAUGUGGUUUUUAUUGCUCAGAGGAGAAUUCUGCCUAAACCAACUCGAAAAAGCCGCACGAAAAAUAAGCAGAAGCGUCCAAGAAGCCGUACUCUGACAGCUGUGCAUGAUGCGAUCCUUGAGGACUUGGUCUUCCCGAGUGAAAUUGUGGGCAAGAGGAUUCGUGUGAAGCUGGAUGGCAGCCGGCUUAUAAAAGUUCACUUGGACAAAGCACAGCAGAACAACGUGGAACACAAGGUUGAAACCUUUUCUGGUGUCUAUAAGAAGCUCACAGGCAAGGAUGUUAAUUUUGAAUUCCCAGAGUUUCAGUUGUAAACAAAAUGAUUAAAUAAACUGUCGUUUACAGUA